CUGGCUUUCCUUCUGCAAUUUCUCUUCAAUUUCUUGGAAGGACUGAACUCACUAGUGAAGGAGAAAAUAUCUAUUAUAAGUAGAAGUGGAACUAUCGAUGACUCCUACAAAGUGGUUCAACAUGGCUAACAUCUGGGUACGGGGGCUCAAAUUCUCCAAUCCCACUACUCUGAGAAAUGUAGGUUUUAUUCAAUGCGGCUUUCCCCAUGUUCCAAACGGACAUACUGGAGAAGAUGGCAAUAUGGUUGAGAAAGCUACCAGUAUUUUCACCAGGACACCAAAGCCUAUCUCCGGAGGACUCAUUCAAAUGUUUUCAUCUGCUCCAACAAAUCCAGGCAAAAAUCCAGGAUCUGGUCCACACCAUGAUGAUAAACCGGGAAGCAAGAAGGAUACAGGAAAACCAGCCAAGGAUACAGGAAAACCAGCCAAGGAUACAGGAUCUGAUCCAAAGAAUCUCCAUGAAGAACGAGAAGCAAAAAAUAGCUAGAAGAUUUAGCAUAGAUGUAUGCAUAGAGUAGAGUAUAAGUGCACUUGGUGUUUUGUUAUAAUGCAGGUUGUGUUAGUUUUCUCUAGCUCUGCUUAAGGAUCACAUGCUUGUCAAACUGCUUUAAGUGUUACAAAGAUAUCAUAAGUCAAUGUCCUGGUAAAGUGCAGAAUGAUGUGUCUUGAUUGUUCUGCCACAUAUUUAGCAAGCCUUGUAAUGUUGAAUUACAUUCGUAUAUGUUCCUUGUUAUUUAAAACGAUAUUGUAAGAUAUAUAACUAUUGCAUUUAACCUGA